CGGGGCCAUAAAAGCCGCGGCCGCACGGGGCGCGCGCCGCCCACCGCCAGCAGCGGCCGCCAUGCACGUGAACGGCAAAGUGGCGCUGGUGACCGGCGCGGCGCAGGGCAUCGGCCGAGCCUUUGCAGAGGUGCUGCUGCGCAACGGCGCCAAGGUAGCACUGGUGGACUGGAAUCUGGAGGCAGGUGUACAGUGUAAGGCUGCCCUGGAUGCGCAGUAUGAGCCUCAGAAGACUCUCUUCAUCCAGUGCGAUGUGGCUGACCAGGAACAACUGAGAGAUACUUUCAGAAAAGUUGUAGACUACUUUGGAAGAUUGGACAUUUUGGUCAAUAAUGCUGGAGUGAAUAAUGAGAAAAACUGGGAAAAAACUCUGCAGAUUAAUCUGGCUUCUGUUAUCAGUGGAACCUAUCUUGGUUUGGAUUAUAUGAGCAAACAGAAUGGAGGGGAAGGCGGCAUCAUCAUCAACAUGUCGUCCUUAGCAGGGCUCAUGCCUGUUGCACAACAGCCAGUUUAUUGUGCUUCAAAGCAUGGUAUAAUUGGAUUCACGCGCUCAGCAGCGAUGGCUGCUAAUCUAAUGAACAGUGGUGUGAGGCUGAAUGCCAUUUGCCCUGGCUUUGUUAACACGCCCAUCCUUAAAUCCAUUGAAAAAGAAGAAAACAUGGGACAAUAUAUAGAAUAUACAGGUCCUAUCAAGGAUAUGAUGAAAUUCUACGGAAUUUUGGACCCAUCAGUGAUUGCCAAUGGAUUAAUAGCACUUAUUGAGGAUGAUGCUUUAAAUGGAGCUAUUAUGAAGAUCACAACGUCUAAGGGAAUUCACUUUCAAGACUAUGACACAACCCCAAUCCAGACACAAACCCAGUGAACAUCUGACGGUACCGGCCUUAACUGAGAACAAGCACAGACGACUUAUACUGAGAUAGUAUCUUCACUUGAACAUGGCUUCUUAAAUGAAGUGCUAUCAUUUGAAACUUUCCUUCAUGCAUUUGGUAUUUCCUUUUGAGUGAUUAGUUAAAAAAUAUGUGGAUUAAAAAAAUUAGGACCCAUCAAAAAUAUGAAGGACUGAACCAAAGCGAAAUUUUGAUCUUUAGAGUCUAAGUAACGAUCAAAACAAAGACUCCUCAAGGAAUAUGCUGCUUUUCAGAAAAUGUAUUAAAUUUGUGGGUCCUAAAUAUUCAUGUUUUUCAGAACAUCAUGUUAAAGGAGAUACUUGAACUAUUUAAACCAAGCCAGAUGUAAAGAACUCAUUUUGUUUCUAUGUCCUUACUCUGCACGAGGGAAGCUACUUACAGUGGCAAAUGUUUAGUGACAAGAACUUUUGCUUAUAUACCAUCUUUCGGCUGAACAUUUCAGCUCUUUAAAGAUGUGGCAUAUUUGGGGGCCAGUAGUUAAGGAAUAAAUUGCAGUGUGAAUAUAUCCCAAAUGUAAAGUCUGAUUAUGGAAAAAUGACAGAAAGUAACUCACUGAGAUGUCAGUCCCCAUGCUGGCUGCCUCCCCUCCAGGAAAAACAUUUUUCUCUUUGCUUACUGUAAGAAAUUUAAUUUUCCCCAAAGAUCUCAGGAAUGAAACUUUUAAUAGUAUAGCAAAAAAGAUAGUUAGCAAUCCUAAGUGUUAUAUGUCAGAUAUACUCAUCAAGAAAAAACAGAAUGCAAAUGUCACUUUUUUUCAGAUUACUUCUUUGUUUACUUGUACCAAUUUCAAAAAUGCCUACCUUUUGAUAAACCCUUUUUCUGAUCUCCAGAAGUUACUUAGUGUUCUCUGUAUAGCUAUGGAGGGGGAGAAACCAGGUUUAGCAGCCUCAGUUGUAAAUGUUUUUGUAUGCACAAAGUCACAAUAACCAGAGGUAAAAGCAGCUGUGAUCUUUUCCCUGUCAGGUAUUUUAUGAUUCGACCAUUAUAUGCACCUGCUUUGGCUAACAUUAUUUGCAAACAAUAAUUAAUGCUACUAAUAGUGAAAGCACAAGAUUUCCAAAGCAACUGUCUCCUCAGAAAUAUUGUAUAAGUGACUCACUCUGCCUGCUAAGUCCAGGGUUCCCAGUUUAAUGCCAACUCCUACGGUGUGAGAUUGAAAAGGAUUUUCUAGAGACAGUGGAGUGUUGCCACAUCCUGCUCUGUUUUAAUUCUGCCAGAAAUCGAUUGCCUUUGCCUUUAAGGACUUAUUUGAAUAUGAAUAACUGUUGUCUAGAGUGUCAUGGAAUGUAUUUGAAAAACAAUGAGAAAUAAACACCAGUGAACAUCUGAUGGAAAUAAGUUGUAAUAAAGCGCAAAUGUGUCCAUACAAGUGGUAGUAACCAAUCCAUGAAUAAGAGAUAGGUGGAGUAUCGCAUAUCUUACAUGAUUUUCCUACUGUAAUGUUCACAGCAACAGCUAAAACUUUUUAUUUAUGGACAAUUUUUUGUGCUGGGAGACUUCAGUCUUGUGCUUUGAAUUGUUUUUUUCAUAUCAAUAAACUAUGCAGACAUUUAAAAUCAAAUACUGAGUGCAACUGAAAAAAAAAUUCUAUUAGAUAUUUUAAAACCUUAUUUUACAUUAAAAUUUAUAAUGUAAAUUUUUAAUGGCUUUAAAUAAAUCUAUAGUAUUAUGAUAUCUCUAUAAAGUGGUUGAGAAAAAAUAAAUAUUAAAUGAGGCAGGGGAACCUUAGUUUCCUUAACUGUAUUUUUCAGGGACAAUAAAGUGUGUUUUUUUCAAAUAUACUUUUCUUAAUACAUGAAAUAGGGAUCCCAGAAGCAAAACUAAAAAUAUGUGGAUGUUAAAAAGAGAUUAAGACUUAACAACAUUGACAUGUCCAGAAAACUUAAUUUUCCCAUAUAAAAAUGAUGUUAGAUACUUGUAGUGCCAUUUAAAAUACAAGUGAUUAUGUGAUUUCUGUCUAUUUUUGCUCUGUGUUUGUAAAUUUAGGAUCCUGAAAAGGUCUGUAAAUGUAAAUUUUUAAUAAAAUUCACAUUAUUUCACAUACGAA